AUGGGGUUUUGUUUCAUCCAAGCAGACAUUUUGCAAAAAAGAGCGAGGGAAUCUCACACGCAGAAGGAGGCGCAUCUCCUCUCUCUCGAGGAGAAGGGGAGAUCGGCCAUGGAGGGCCCAAGGCCAAGGGCAUCCGAGAAGUUUCUCAAAAUGACGGCCCCAACAAACAACACAAACACAACCGCAACCUCAUCACCCGCCGCAACGUCAAACCCACAGUACCAGAACCAGCAGGUCUACGAAUCCGGCCUCGAAGUAGCCGAGCCAAACGCCUGGAACCGCACAAACAACGACAUCCACCUGCCCGAGGUCUCCCCAUACAACCACUCGGAAGCCAAGACCACAACCUUCCCCGAGGUCGCGGACGACCCGUUAUCGUGGCACCACUACCACAAGCAGAACCCCAACCUCGAGGUUUCGUCCUCGCCGUCCGUCGCCUCCGCCGCGCCGUAUUACUAUGCUGCCGCGGGCCAGCAGCAUCCGCCUGGGUAUCACAAGCCGCCGCCCGGGUCGCCGGGGUACGGCUCCGGAUCUCUCGACGGGGAUGGCUCCGGGAAGGGCAAGAAGGCCACAGUAUGUGGGAUGCGUAGGAAGGUGUGCUACGUCGUCAUGGGGGUCGCUAUCGUCCUCGUCGUGGCCGCCAUCGCCGUCGGUCUUGGGGUAGGGUUGGCGAUGAAGAAGAGCGAGAACAAGUCUUCGUCAGGCAACUCAACAACAACACCAGCAACGUCAACCGCAAACGCAACAAUCACCUGUCCCGCCGCAGACAACGUAACCUACAGCUCCCCCGACGCCCCCAAACGCACAUUCCGCAUGAUAUGCGGCCACGACUUCAACUCGGCCGACGGCGCCACCGACCUCACCUCGGAGAACGCAACCACCAUGGCCGCCUGCAUCGACCUCUGCGCGUCAAAGGGCGACGACUGCGUCGGGGCCGGGUGGGGCGAUUACUACGGCAACCACGUCUGCUGGAUGAAGAGCAAGCUGGGGACGAUGAACGUCUCGGGGAAUUGGUAUUUCGCUGUGGAUGUGAAUAAGACGAGCCUGCGUCUCGAUGAUAUUAGGGGGUUACGGCACAUCGCCAUCGUGCCUAACCCUUCUCAAAAGACGACACAAACGGAUCCAUGUGGGCCAGGUGGUCCCCCGGCAUAUUCCUGGAUGAAUGCCGGCGAACUCGACGAGGUCUGGCGUCUAACGAAGCGCUUGGUAUGCGCUGUAGGCUGUUCGCAGACAAAUGAUGGGAUGGAAUCGGAACUGGGGGAGCUCCGUAACGAAUGUAAAGGGUCUCACAAGAAAAAAGAGGCCUUGUGUAAUGAAAUCAAAAUUGGCGCCAUCGGUACGGCGCUCGAGAUAUUUAUGGGUGUUAGUCACAAACAGGGACAAAGAAAGGACCACAUCACAUAG